AUGGAGACAAGGGCUCAAGAGCUAAAGAAGAUGGAGGAGAUGCUGCGACAGAUGAUCAAAGAGUCAGCGACGCGCCAGGAACAAUCAAUUCAGGAGCUGAGGGACUGGCAGAAUAAAGAUAUGGAAGAAGUCCGCCAAAUGUUUGUCGAAUUGCACACCUCAAUUUCACCAGGAACUGGUCAAAUUUUACCUUCAGCUGGACGAUCCGAAGGUAAUAGCUCAAAUCGAUUUCACUUUACUCCAAGAUUUACUAAGAUCGAAUUCCCGCGGUUUGAUGGAGAAGAUUUGAAAGGAUGGCUAUUCCGCUGUGAGCAAUUCUUCGAGGUUGAUGGAACCUCUGAAGAGGCAAAGGUGCGUUUAGCGGCAAUCCAUCUUGAGGGAAAGGCCCUUCAAUGGCAUCAAAUAUAUAUGAAGUCCCGAUUGACACGCUCUCAACCCACAUGGGAAGAGUAUGUAGUAUCGCUCAAUACUCGCUUUGGAGCAGAUUUGUUCGACGAUCCUAUGGCGGAACUAAAGAAUUUGAAGCAAACAGGGACGGUCAUGGAAUAUCAAGACAAAUUUGACACUCUACUAAAUAGGGUGGAGCUCUCGGAAGAAUAUGCCGUAAGCUGCUUCCUUAGUGGUUUGAAGGAAGAAAUCCAAAUACCGAUAAGAAUGUUCCAGCCUAGGACUUUACAAAGAGCUCUAAGUCUGGCCAAGUUACAGGAGCUAGCUGUGGAUGGACAGGGAAAAGUCUAUAAGGGAGGAACUAGAGCCGGAAUGAAUACUUCCUCCUUACUGUCGACUCCUAAGGGCUUUAAUAAUUCGAGCAUGUCACCCGCACCCCGGACACCUCGGAACCCAAAUCAUCAGGGAUUGCUGGGCGCUGCUCCAAUGCCAAUCAAACCUGCGAGAAACGUCUCUAAUGCAGCCUUUGAUGAGAGGCGAGCAAAAGGGCUUUGUUUUUGGUGCGAGGAGAAGUAUUCCCCAGGACACCAGUGUAAGAAGAAACAGCUAUAUAAGAUUGAGCUAUUAGAAGAAGGAUCAACAGAUAAUACCAACUCUAAUGAAGAAAGUGAAUCUAUAGGAGAGGUGGAACUUGAACCUGUGGAAUGUGCACCUCAAAUAUCGCUGCAUGCUCUAGCGGGGCAAGCUCAACUACCGGACUAUAGGACCAUGCGCCUAUGUGGAACAGUGAAGAAUCGAAGGAUACACAUUCUCAUCGACUCAGGAAGCACCCACAAUUUCCUUGAUGCUGCGGUUGCUGCCAAAUUGGGGUGUUGUGCGGAGAAUAUACCAGCUGUAAAUGUCACGGUGGCUGAUGGGAAUAAGCUGAUUAGCUCGUCUACUUGCAGGGCUUUUAAAUGGAAAAUGCAAGGCUUAGAAUUCAAGGCUAACCUCCUAUUACUACCCUUGAGGGGAUGCGACAUGGUGUUGGGGGUUCAAUGGCUUAAACAAUUGGGACCAAUCUUGUGGGACUUCAGCAAAUUACGAAUGGAAUUCCAAUUUCAGGGCCAGAAGAUUGUUUUGAGGGGAUCUUCAGGGCCCAGUUUGAAAAUAAUAGAAGGAAAGCAACUCAAGAAGAUGGUGCUGGAUGACACAGCUUUGUCUGCAGUUCACCUCUGCUCCAUUCAUGCAACACCACAGGAAGGGAAUCACAUAGCAACUUCGGAAGAUGCAGAAACGACGUGGUCGGGACUUGGCAAGGCGUAUUCUCAACAAUUGCAACUACUUCUGGAGGAGCACUCUGACUUAUUUGAAGAACCACAAGGACUCCCACCGAUACCCUGCCUAUCAGAAGACUGA